AGAGUGAAGAAGAAGAAGAAAAAGAGAGAAGAAAGGAUGGGAUCGUUUCUGUCAAGCUUGCUUGGAGCAGGGCCGGCGGCGGCGGAUGACUCGGCGGAGUCAUCGGAGAAGUCUCGAGUGACGUCGUUUCACUCGGCUGCCAGGUGGCAGCUCCACUUGAAGGAAUUCAAGGACACCUCCAAACUGCUGGUGAUCGAUUUCUCGGCGUCGUGGUGCGGGCCCUGCAAGUUCAUUGAGCCGGCCAUCCACGCCAUGGCGGAGAAGUUCACCGACGUUGACUUCGCCAAGAUCGACGUCGACGAGCUAUCUGAAGUGUCUCAAGAGUUUGGGGUGCAGGCAAUGCCGACCUUUGUGCUUUUGAAGAAUGGGAAGGAGGUGGAUCGGGUUGUUGGUGCCAAGAAAGAUGAACUUGAGAAGAAGGUUGAGAAGCACCGCUGAUUCUGAAUAAAGCUAAGUUUUCAUUUCACUACUUAUAAGUUUGUGAUUUACUAAUUGUUACCGAAAAUUGCUCAGAUUUCUCGGUUUGAUUCAAAAAAAACUUAUUAUCAAAUUCUAGUUUUGUUGUUAAGUUUUGUAUAAGUUUGUGAUUUACUAAUUGUUACCAGAUUUCUCGGUUUGAUUAAAAAAAAAAAACUUAUUAUAAGUUUUUGUGGCAUUACUAAUUUACUAUAAG